UAAUGGAGAAGGAACUCAAUAAAGAAGAAAUAUGACAAAGUGAGUUAAGCAGGUUUGAACGGAGCUUUGGAGGUUGGGUUUUGGGAAGUCACUUAUGGUGAUGUAGGAGGAAGGUCAGGAUUACAGAUAGGGGUGAUAGGACUUCUUGGGAGUUUUGGACAGGCGAUAAAUGUUAUGAAGUUUUAUGGAGAUAUAAGCGAGUGACAGAAUUUGUUGUAUUCUUUGUGAAGGUCUUCAAGAGAGCUUUGGGUUAAUUAUAGCAAAGCUUUUCUUAAUGGCCUUUGGAGGGAGGCGGAUAGGAGGACUGUAAGAGGAAAUUGGAAUUUUAAUAAUGAUUUUGUUGUAUACUUUAAUGGCAUGAGAAAUCAUUUUGAAUUCUAUCUUUAUGAAUAUUUGAUUGUAUUACAAACAGAAGAGGCAAUCAUAGAAUUCUGAGAGUUUAUUAGAAGCUUCAAACACAGAGAUAUGAUAAAAUUCAAGAAGAUCUCUGUCUAUUACCAGAGAGAAAUGGGAUGUGAUAUCUUAAAUCAUCCAUUUAAUGUGCUUGAAGAGCACUCAUUGAAUACUUCAUGAAUUCAGGUGGAAGGACUUAACAAGUUCAAACCUCAAAGCGAGGAUCAUAUCAUAAAGUACACUCAAAAAAUCAAGCUUUCGAUACUUACCAGCAAAUCCCAUAUCGAGUUUUUACACCAUACCGGGAGCAGCUUGAUCAAAGAAGUUGAUAAAAUCUACUUUGAUGAUAUUUCCUUCAAAUAUCUCCAAGACAUUGAUGAAUUAUCAGAACUCAUUGGGCCCACAAUCUGUGACUCAUGUAGAGAAAUCCACUUUGGAUAUUAUCCUUUAGAGGAAUUGUGCAAUGAAAACACAAUGAGCGAUAUGAGUGCAAAACUUGUCAAAAUAUUUCCAAAUUUAGACAAGAUAACUUUCAACCCAAAGCUAUGCUUUGGGAGAAAAAUUAAUAGCGAUUUGUUCAUCGAAUAUAUUCAAGAGGGAACAAUUCUGAAAUCAUUCGAUCCUAAAAUAACUUGGGCAGUCAUGAAAAACUGCAAUGUGUUUUACAAAAGCUUUAGCAAUCGAGAGUAUGGAUCCUUUAGUUCUUCAAGAGUAGUUGUGAGUUAUACAGGACUUCCACAAAAUAGACAAUUUUAUAAGACAACAGACGACUCCAUAAUAACGAUUGAGAAUAUCCACUCUAAAAAUACUCAUUAUUUAUCUGAGCUUGAGUCUUUUCUUUCUACAAAAGGAGAGGCCAAAAGCUUCCUGAGUAGCAAUGCUUAUUGGAAGCCUUCCGAUCAUGAAAUUUACAUUGAGCCUCAAGAAUUUGAAUUAAUCGUUGGGGAACAAACUCUUAUCUCUCAAAGACCAUCAAGAUGAGAAACUUUAGAGCUGAUGUUUACUCAAGCCUCAGCUUCAAAGGAAAUUUUUUCAGCUCUGAAAGACUGAAAAUGGACUCAUUUUGAUUUGUCAAUGAGCAAUUUAAGAGACACCCACUUGUUCUUGGGUGAACUGCUUUCUUUCGAAGUCACUAGACUCACACUGGAAGUUGAUUAUUAUGAUUUAGAGAAAAUCACAUUAAAAGCUAAGACUGUACUCAUGUCUAAGAUUCUUGCUUCAAACUCUAUCAAAGAGGUUUCUAUUGUUACAAGCUCAGGAGCUCAGAUAGUCAAGAGAAUAGAUAGAGAAUACCAGCAAGUUUUAGAAAAAGUGUUUGGUGAGGAACCUGACCUGGAAUUUCAUCAAAAUCUCUACUUUCAAAUGGUAUUUAACGUCUAGCAAGAUAAAGACAUAAGAACCUCCAAUUUCCAACACUCUCCUUCAAUAAAAUGUCCCAAUACCUAUAUCAAUCAAU